AUGCCCGCCUGCGCAGUUCAUCUCAUAUCUCUUUCCUCUCCCUGUACACUCGCUCAGUUCAUCACAGCCCUCAAAUCUCACAAGGACAUCAAACCCCUUACGAUCGCGCGAGUUGUGAGGUGGAUAAUCUUGCCUUCAUCUAUCUCAACUUCCGAGUUACUGGCACAAAACAUUCAUUGGGACCUACUCCUCAUAUUGCCAGAUACCAAUCCUUUGCCUUUUUCUCUCGGCUCGAAAAUUGCUCAUCAAUUUACUCUUCAAGCUGGAAUCCCCUCUCGGCUUCUCUCCUCCUUCGCUGAGAAGAACGAACGUCUCCUACAUCCUACCGCUCCUCUCCCUGAACUGAUAGGCUCUCUAAAUAAGCGUCUUUUUUCUUCCUCCUCCCAAGAUUUAUCUCUUUCUUCUUCGCUCCACAAAUGGGUGGCCACGUUCGGGCAAGCAGAAGGUUCCGGCGCAGUUUCAAUGCUUAAUUUCCUUGCCUUCAAACCAGGAAAAAAAGAGGAAUACCUGAAAUACGGCGCUGAAUUCGCUAAAUCAAUUGGUUCUAAACGCGGCGGCGAUGCUAAGCUCGUUGGUACCGUCAUACGCGAGCGCUCCGGUGGAAAUGAAGACCGCGAAAGCAAGAGUGAAGAUGCUUGGGAUGAGAUGGCUUUGGCGCAUUACCCAAGCAUUCACCAUUUCGCGGAUAUGCUCGCCAGUGAGGAUUAUCAAGCUGUGAACCAGAAGUUCAGGGUACCUAGCUUGAAGGAUACCUGUAUUUUGUGUACGACGGAACUGGGGAUAGAGAACCUAGGGGAGGAGAAAGCAAAAUUGUAG